GCAGACCAAAGAGGACUGCAAACGAACACUGUCAAUUGUGGGCCCCUAUCGUCUGGCGAUGAGAUGUGUAUAUUAUUAUGUGGAUGACGUCAUAUAUAUCCAUUAUUGUUCCCGAGUCACCAUCGACGUGGCGGUGACGACUUGGAGCUGGACCACGUGGGGGAAAGGCGAGUGAGAUUCCUGCGUUACUAUCAUCUUGCCGCCACAAUUGGAACAUCGUUGGCCAAAGUAACAGAUAAUAAGUCGUAUCAAGGAUUCGCAGACACAGUUAGAGAAUCCAGGAAAUUCACAGAGCGGACCAUUUCUUAAAAUUUCAACAUGUUCUACGCGACGUGAGUAUGAUGCCGAAGGCCUACUUGUGUUCAAUGUUAUGUACAGACGUUUAGAACUCACGUUAUAAAAUUUAGCGUGUGUCUUGAAUUUUUUAGUGACAACGAUAAAUACAUCUGAUUCUCUUCUUCCAGGGAUAGAUUCAUUUUUCGCAUACUGGUUAUACUGGUAAACAUACGGUUCAUACUGGUACAAUAAAGCGAACAUUAUACGCAGGUCGUGAAGUUUGUCACACGCGCCGCACUCGUAAAAGAAGCAGCACUCGCCUUCGGCUCGUGUCGUUGUGUUACUCGUGUGCGGCUGGUGCGACCAACUUCACCGCCUGCCUAUAAAGUUCGCUUUCUCGCACUCGUAUCGCAAAGUACUAUAAUCUAAUUAUUUGUACGAUGACAAAGUGUCCCUCUUUGUCAAAUAGCUGUUACAUGUUAUUACAGUGAAAUGAUGACAUACGUUUCACCCAUCGUGCAUUAAUUUUUCUCCUCAUUACAAGUGCAUAGAACAUAAAUGCCACGUAAAGGUAUCAUUGAAUUUCGACUGAAUAGUUUCCCUCCAGUCGCUUCGGAGGGAUGAAUCAUAAAACCGAGGAUUUCAAUAAGGUAUCAUUAUCUACAUAGCAUGAUACACGUGUGGAAUUUUAAAUAAAGGUUAAUUCACAUGAAGCAACCCCUUAUUACGUCUUCAGAUUUAGGGUGAGCUGGACGUGAGGUUUCGGGAUACUUAUUUAUUACAUAUGAAAAUUGCAUAGUUCCAGUGGUGGUCUACCAAUCAACGCAUAUUUCGUGGAUCAAAGCAAAGACCUAGUUUAUUUUAGGAACUGGAAAAAAAUUUACCCGUCAGUUUGCAUCGGGUUUUCUGACUAACGUCUCUUCUGAAACAAGUUCUGAUUUGCAAUUUCAAAUAUUUGACGAGACAAUAUGUCAAUGUGACAAGUGCAGAUUCUAUUCGAUUUGUUGUGUUUGGUGAAAAAUAUUCUAUCAGUCUCACUGUGUAAUUCAUGAAAUCUCAUUUGAGACACGAGACUUUAUCGACUGAUUUCACUUUAACAUCAAUUGAUAUUGAUAAUUUUUACGGGCAUUCAAAAUGGAUAUUUCCGGGGCCACGAAAGUUUUACAGUGGAAUAAUCGGUUACUCCGUUUCCUAGGACUUUGGCCCUUUGACCUAAAUAACGUAAAAUUCAUGUUUUUCUUUACCUACGUGACAGUUCAGUGUUUCUUGCAGUAUGCCGGCUUACUGGAAUAUAUUUCCGACCUGAAUUAUGUUGUCGCAAAUUUAACAGAAACCAUUGUGUUCAGUAUGAUUGUUUUUAAAAUGGCUAUAUACAGAAUUAAUACGAGACCAUUGCUUCAUUUGAUACAGAAUAUUCAGGAAGAUUACUCAAAUGAAUUGUACAAAACAAGAAAAGAAAUUCGAAUAUUUUUGAAAUAUAACUCAUUGUCAAAGACUAUUGUUCAGUGUAUAUCCAUAGUGUGCGGAGCUACUGCUGUACUCUUUUACAUUCGUCCAUUGACUGGACACGCAUUGGCAGACAAUGAUUGUAAGAAUUUUAAAUCCACGUUAACCCUUAACGGUCACGUGGGGUCUCAGUGACCCCAACGUAACGACCUAUUCUUAUGGAAAUUCUACUGAAGUGUGACCGUCAAAGGUUAAUAAACAGCGCUGACAUUUUUAUCACUAAUUGCUCAUUUUAAAGCCACAGGAAAUUCUUCAAGUGCCUUCUUGAUGCCAUAUCAUAUCCGAUUGUUCUUUAACCUGACUGAAGCAAGAACAUAUUACAUAGUAUAUGCUUGUGAAAUAUUUAUGAUUCCGCUGGUCACAUGCGGAUAUGCUGGUCCUAGUUGUCUAUUGAUAACAUUGGUGCUACAUAUCUGUGGACAAGUUUCAAUUUUGACAUGUCAAGUGGAAAACUUGAUAAAAAAUCCAGAAACUAUACAUCACCAGCUGAAACAAAUUGUUUUAAAGCAUCGUCGUUUGAUAAAUCUCUGCAUGAAUUUAAAUUCCACGUAUGCUACAUUCUUACUGCAGGAACUCAUUGGUAUUACUUUGCUUCUGUGCUUAGGCGGUUAUAACAUUAUUGCGACUCCUAUCUUAGAUGAAACUGGACAUUUUUUGGCAUUCUUAUUAUACACUGUUACAGUGAUCUUUCAACUUCUUGGUUUUUGUUACAUCGGCGAAUGUCUUAGGAAUGAGAGCAAAAGCUUGUGCGAUGCAUUUUACAAUUAUGAAUGGUACGACGAACCGAGGGUGAACGUAAAAUUAUUUCUCAUGUGCGUCACUCGAUCGCAAAGGCCUCUCGUAUUAACUGCUGGAGAGUUCUUCAUAUUUUCCUUGGAAAAUUUCACGAGUGUUAUGAAAACAUCGAUGGCCUAUUUGUCCGUACUUCGAAAGUUCAUAUAGAACAUUCAUCACGUAUUUAGACAAAAUUUUGAUAGUCAAUGGCAAUAAAUGUGAAUGCACUUGAAUAAGUCCAUGAUUUUAAAGAAAGUUUAUAGUAUCCAGGCAUAGCUCGUGCACGACUAAAAUCUCUUUCUGAGACUAUCUUUCUGCGAUAUUCAACAUAAGCCUAGAUGUGAUAUUUUACUCGUGGAUCGACCACAUAUUCAGAAUGCAAAUUCGCACGCUUAAUUACUCGUUGUUGCACGAGAAAUACAAAAUAUAAUUUAAUCUCGUGAAAUAAUUUCAAUAAUAAUAUUACGCUGCAAUUACACGCUCUAUCUCGUUAUGCAUAAUCAUAUGUCUUUAUUCCGCCAGUGUUGUCUACUUGAUUUAGAGCCUAUGUCAUUAAUUCGAAAGUGCACUUCCACAAUUUGUCCAUUCGGUCACUUUUACAGUAACAUUUCUAACAAUUACUUUACCAGCCUUAACGUCAGCACUGAUAUUACAAAAAUUGAUUUUACCACCGAAGAAUUAUAUCCAUACGUUUUCACAACACGUAUACAGUAGUCUCUCAUUAAGUGACCGUUUUUUCCAGGCUGUUGGGAAAGGCGAUUUGAAAAAAGAACGCUUACUUAACAAGAACCCGCACUCUUUAAAAGUUUUUUUUUAGCAGAAUUCGUUGUCCUUACUUGUUUUCAAACACGCAGUCGUUCCGCCCUUGUACACCGGUACGCUUGGUAGUUGACAGUGGGGAUAAAUUCCGAAUACUCCAAAAUGCAAGAGACGCAAAGAAUCGGAGGAGAAGCGUUCAGUUAUCAAGCUUUCAAUAACUGGAAGUCUACAGUACAUUACUGGAAGAAGGUACAUAUAUGUGUAUAUUUAAAUGAUUUACAGUAUAUCUGUUUCUAGUAUCUAAUAGUGAAUACGUUUUCUUUAGAGAAAUUUAUAAUUUUUAAUUAUACCAUUGUAUUUAGAGCACGAGCUUUCUUGAUAAAUUUUACAAUUGCAAAUAAUAGAAUCUACCGUCAGUGUAUAUGAAAUUUAUUUUGUUUACAUGUCACGAGCACAAACGGCUCCGAUAUUAACAGCCGGAAGACUUUAUGCAUUUUCAUUAAAUAGCUUCGUUGAUAUGAGCUGUGCUGUCUCGAUUCAGUAUUUCGUAUUCGCAUUCUUUCGUAUAUUAAUCCACAAUAAUUAUGUUUCUAAUGUUAUGGAAAUUCUAUUAUUCCAAGAUGAUAAAAACUUCUAUGGUAUCAAUCUUGCGAAAAUUUCUGUAGAGGAAAUUCUACAAGUAUGAGAUUAUUCAGGAUAAGUCUAUGACUGAUAAUUCAUUUAGUGACGGUAAAAAUGCAUAAAAUGUAUAGCUUGGAUAAAACAAUAUGAUUGUCACAUGACAAAUGCAUCGGGCUUUAUUUUAAGCCGAAGUAAAAAUCUCUAUCCUAUUUUCCUAUUAUACAC